AUGGACCUCCUCGACGAGCACGCCCGCUCCCUCACAACCAACCAACCCCACCAUCCCCCCGCGACCGCCCCGCCGAACCCAUCAUCCACCCAAGCGCGCAAUGCCACACCGCCGAAACCCCAAAGGCCGCCAGACCCCCAACCCUCCACUCCAACCUCCACGGACGCCCAUGACCCCGUCGAUCCCACCGACGUCCCGAUCCCCCCCCCCACUCCAGAACCUGACCUGCUCGCCAGGUCGGUCGCAAGAUCUUUUUUUUCCCUUCCCCCACGGACACAACCCCAGUAA